GAGGGGGAGGAGGAGGAGGAGGAGGGGGAGGAGGAGGAGGAGGAGGGGGAGGAGGAGGAGGAGGAGGGGGAGGAGGAGGAGGAGGAGGAGGAGGAGGUGGAGGAGGAGGAGGAGGAGGAGGAGGAGGAGGUGGAGGAGGAGGAGGAGGAGGAGGAGGAGGAGGGGGAGGAGGAGGAGGAGGAGGAGGAGGAGGAGGUGGAGGAGGAGGAGGAGGAGGAGGAGGAGGAGGGGGAGGAGGAGGAGGAGGAGGAGGAGGAGGAGGAGGAGGAGGAGGGGGAGGAGGAGGAGGAGGAGGGGGAGGAGGAGGAGGAGGAGGAGGAGGGGGAGGGGGAGGAGGAGGAGGAGGAGGAGGAGGAGGAGGGGGAGGGGGAGGAGGAGGAGGAGGAGGAGGAGGAGGAGGUGGAGGAGGAGGAGGAGGAGGAGGAGGGGGAGGAGGAGGAGGAGGAGGAGGAGGAGGAGGAGGAGGGGGAGGAGGAGGAGGAGGAGGAGGAGGAGGAGGAGGAGGAGGGGGAGGGGGAGGAGGAGGAGGAGGUGGAGGAGGAGGAGGAGGGGGAGGAGGGGGAGGAGGAGGAGGAGGAGGGGGAGGAGGGGGAGGAGGAGGAGGAGGAGGAGGAGGAGCGAGAGGUGGAAGAGAGGAGCCAACUUAACGUCACUGGAUACAACAUCAGGCCUCAAGGAACGAGACAGUCUAAACUCCUCAAACUCCUCCACAGUCCAGCAUUUCUACUGCAUGGUUCUGAAUCAUCUGAGCGUAAACUGAUUGGAAAUACAACAGUUGUCCCUCUGAAGCUGAUGAAUUUCCCUGCUAGAUCAUCCUACAAUCAUUUAUUAAAGGUGUGUCAAGACGAGCGAUAG